GCUGACCGACGGACGAGCGAGCACACAGGCGGGCGGGCGGGACGGUGGGCUCCUCCUUCGCGCCGGGAAAGCAGCGUCCCCCUUGCGCCCUUUUGCAGCAGCCGGCUCCCGGUGGGGCUCCGCGGCGGAGGAUGGCGGAAAGCGAGUGCGAGACCCCCAGCACGCCCGGGGAGUUCGAGAGCAAGUACUUCGAGUACAACGGGGUGCGCCUGCCGCCCUUCUGCCGCGGGAAGAUGGAGGAGAUCGCCAAUUUCCCCGUGCGAGACAGCGACGUCUGGAUUGUUACCUACCCCAAGUCAGGCACAAGUUUAUUGCAGGAAGUGGUGUAUCUUGUGAGCCAAGGAGCAGAUCCUGAUGAAAUUGGAUUAAUGAACAUAGAUGAGCAGCUUCCAGUCUUAGAAUAUCCUCAGCCCGGUCUGGACAUUAUCAAGGAACUGACAUCUCCUCGCCUGAUCAAAAGCCACCUGCCGUAUCGCUUCUUGCCUUCUGACCUGCAUAGCGGCGAAUCCAAGAUCAUAUACAUGGCUCGUAAUCCCAAAGAUCUGGUCGUCUCUUAUUAUCAGUUUCAUCGCUCCCUGCGAACUAUGAGCUACAGAGGAACAUUUCAGGAGUUCUGUCGGAGGUUUAUGAACGAUAAGUUAGGUUAUGGUUCAUGGUUUGAACAUGUCCAGGAAUUUUGGCAGCACCAUAUGGAUUCCAAUGUGCUCUUUCUCAAAUAUGAAGAUAUGCACAAGGAUCUUGCAACCCUGGUCGAACAGCUAGCAAGGUUCUUGGGCAUCGCCUAUGACAAAGCACAGUUGGAAGCGAUGGUUGAACAUUGUCACCAGCUCAUUGAUCAGUGCUGCAAUGCUGAUGCCCUUUCAGUGGGCAGGGGUAGGUGUCAGACCCUUUGCAAACAUUCACAGGGGUGGGAUGGGUUUAAUGGUAAUCCACUUUUAUGACAUUUCCAGAGUGGACCGCGUAGCGGUUGUCCUUUUUUAAAACACUGAUUGGUUAGAGUAGUCUGAAGACAAAGAAUUGGGCUAUAAACCUGAACCAUGGUUCAGUCAAUCAGUCUGAAGCUAAAAAAAAUUAAAAGUAGAAAUUAGAGAGUAGAUGGGAAAAAGGUGAACUUACGGAUCAUGGAAAGCUAUCGUUCGGGAAGCCUUCAAGUCCUGCGGGCUUAGAAUUGUUUUUGUUUAAUUUUGAGGGAUUUAAAACAUGCAACUGUUAUCACCAGAAGAAUUAUAAUUUAGAGCUCUGAAUGGAUGGAUUUGUUCUCUUCCCAGCCUCAGCAACUUCAUGACUUCAAGUCCCAGAACCAGUGGUGGGAUUCAGCCAGGUUGGGCAAACCAGUAGUAAAAUUGCUAGCUGGCCCCUCCCUUCCCCUUCCGGGAGUCCCCACAUGACCCGUUUUCGCUCUCAGGAGGCUUCAGGGAGGCCUCCUAGGUCCAAAAUAGGGUGUGGGGGAGCAGCACGGCCCCCCCGCAGCCCGUUUUCACUCCCAGGAGGCUCCAGGGAGGCUUAGUUGGCUCAAAACGGGGCACAGGUAGUGGUGCGUCCCCCCCCGCGGCCCAUUUUUGCUCCCAGGGGGGUGCAGGAGGCCAAGUGUUGCCUGUCACAUCCCCUUGGUCAUGCCCACCCAGCUGGUCAUUAGGGCAGAGAACUAGUUGUUAAAUUAUUUGAAUCCCACCACCGCCCAGAACUCAAUAAAUCUUAAAAGCUGCCACGGUUAGGAAACACUGGCUUAGAUUAAAGAUACAGGGACAGAGGAAAAUGAGCAUCUAAUCCAGUGCUUCUCAACUUUGGCAACUUUUAAGAUGUGUGGACUGGAAUUCUGGGAGUUGAAGUCUUUUAAGUUGCCAAGACUGAGAAGCCAUGAUUCAAUUCCUUUGGCUGGAGAUGACCAGCUGAACGUUUUAUCUGCUGUUUGAUUAGAGGGCCACAGCGAACCCCUAGAUGUCUGGACGCUGCUUGGCAAAUUUGCGUUUCUCUUCUGCUUAAAAAUUUUAAAACUGUCCCUUCUCUUUUUUAUGGGAUCAGAGGACCUUGAUGUAUAAAAUCCAUUGAAAUGCUACUGUGUCCGUGUUUCAGGUAGCUAGAUCAGGAAAAAGAUGCCAUAAUGAAAAAGGCAGCUCUCAACUUACAACCAGUUGCUUAACAGCUGUUUGAAAUUAUGAUGAAUGCUGAACAGGUGCUUUAUUAUUACCCAUAAAGCACUUUAUGGACGUUUUAAAAUGUGCCAAUCCUCCGUUACAUGAACUGAAUUUCAGGCCCUCAGCAACCAGCUCACCUUUAUGACUGGUUGUAACAUCCCGUGGUCAUGUGACCAGAAUUGUUUUGUGUUAUUUGCUUCUAGCAGACAAAUGCCCAUUUGGAAGAAUGGGAUUGCACAAAUGAUCCUGGCAUCAGUAACAAUAGUACUUAAACUUAUAUACCGCUUCACGGUGCUUUACAUCCCUCUGUAAGCAGUUUAUAUAUUGCCCUCAACAAUCUGGGUCCUCAUUUUACCAACCUCAGAAGGAUGGAAGGCUGAGUCAGCCUUGAGCUGGGGGGAAUCGAACUGCUGGCAAUGGGCAGAAUUAGCCUGCAAUUCUGCAUUCUAGCCACUGUGCCACCAUGGCUCUCGGUGGUGGCGCAGUGGCAUUCUUAACCACAGUAGAUUUGCUUAACAACCACUGCAAAAAAUAUAAAAUUGGAUCUAGUCUCGAUGGUUCCUUGGCUGUUGAAGUAAAGAAUUAUGAUCGGAAAUAUGGUCCCAAUUGUGGUUGUAUGUGGAAGACUGCCUGCACAUUUCUUUACUGAUAUAGAGUGUAGUAACAGAAUCUUGAAAGUGACAGCAUUCUCCUCCCUCCUGGUUAUAUCAAAGUGAAUUUAUCUUGAUUUCUUUCUCACCCUUUCCUGUUUUUUUCUGGACUAAAUUGAUGAUUUCCUAACAACUGACACAUAUUUUCUUCCCCACACUGCCACAACUAGUUCGUGCCAGAGACCUCACUAUCAUAUUUACUUAUUUAUCGGUGCUCAGGAGCACCGUCAUUCGAAUGGUUAAGAUGCUGGGUUGGAGGUUAGCAAGCCCAUGUUUGAGACCUGCCUUGGGGCAGGGUUGAGCUCCCAUCCUUCACUCUAGCUCCUUGACGGGGGACAUAAAAGAAGCCCCCAACUGGGCAAUAUUGAUGUUACCAGCUAAUCCUUUCAACCCGGUAAAGCGCCUCAAUGCUCCUGAGACCAGUGCAAUUUAUUGGUGCAAAUUUGAAUUGCUUCAUCCUUGAAUUGUUUAAACUCGCAUUGAGCCAUUUUCCCAGAAUGUGAGAACUCUUUCAUAAAAGUUGAAACUUGGAACAACUGUUUUGAGAGGAAAAUAAGUUUGUGCAUCCUUAAUACUCUUGUUUGUUUUCCCCACUAACAUCUGUAACACUAGGUAACCAGAAAUAAUCCCCAUGAUGGUGUGCAGGAGUAAUCAUGGUUCCAGGAGUUUCCAUCUGGGAGCAAUGUACAUAUAAAAGGAGGCAGAGUUUUGACCCCACAUGGAUGAUCAUUCCCUUGACUUUUUUGAACGCUUCCCCUGCCAAUAGAUCUGCUUCUUUCCCUCAAAACCAAAGUUAACCAAAAUACAGAAUCGUUUUAGUUCUCCUUCAUUUGGUCCUGAGCACAUUAUAGGUAAAGGUAAAGGUUCCCCUCGCACAUAUGUGCUAGUCAUUCCUGACUCUAGGGGGCAGUGCUCAUCUAGGUUUCAAAGCCAAAGAGCCAGCACUGUCCGAAGACGUCUCCGUGGUCAUGUGGCUGGCUUGACUUAACGCCAAAGGCGCACGGAACGCUGUUACCUUCCCACCAAAGGUGGUCCCUAUUUUUUCUACUUGCAUUUUUUACCUGCUUUCAAACUGCUAGGUUGGCAGAAGCUGGGACAAGUUACGGGAGCUCACCCUGUUACGCGGCGCUAGGGAUUCGAACCGCCGAACUGCUGACCUUUCCAUCGACAAGCUCAGCGUCUUAGCCACUGAGCCACCGCGUCCUUUGAGCACAUUAUACUAACCUCAAAAUGAAUGCCAUAUAAGAAAGAUCCUCCCCCCCAGUAUUCAAAUCUAUUGCAUUCGUACAUUGCCUGCUUUUUCUGCACACUUUUCCUUCCUGUUUGAUUUUGUUCAUCUUUCUCACAUUUGUAACAAUUUUUUUUUCUUUUUUUCCCCAAAUGCAUCCUGAACACCAAGGUGUUUUUUUUUUCUUGCUGUUUCUCUAAAUGUGUUUCCAUGCUUUAAAAAACUGUGGACCGUUCAAACUUUUUAAUUUAGCUUAAUUUAAUUUGGUUUAUCACAAUGUACGUUUUCCUAUUUAUUUCACUUUGUUUUUGUUCAUUUUUAUUU